UGCAGGCCGCGUAUCGCACAAGGCGUGGGGCACUAAAAGUACAUGAAAAGAUGGAAGCUGAGGAGUUGAUGGCCGAGAUUCAGAAGCUCAAAGAAAACUUGAUGAUGGUGCAUGGGCAUUCAGAGUCGCUAUUCGAUUUCGUGGCGACUCUGGCACAGCAAAAAAGUGAGAAAGUCCCCCCCAGCGUUUGGAACAUCCUCGUUGCGUAUAUGCAAUUACUUCAAUUCAAAACCAUGGUGAGGCAAAGGGAACGUCAAAUGCAAUAUUGCGCCAACCCCGGUAAGCCAGUGCUAGUCGCGGAUUCGAGUGCAUCAGCGAUGCGGUCCACUACCGAGUUUCCUGUCUCGCAACAACCAAUUCGGACUGUUCAUGGGUGCCUUAUACCAUUCUCAAACUCAGGACUAACAGCUGCGGCUGCGGAAGCUGCAGCUGCACUUUCAUAUGCCGGAUACUCAUCCUGACCUAUACGGAGCCUACGGGCCUCUGGAUCAUGUUGGCCCAUCGCAAUUCGCGGCGAGUGCACAGCCCGACAAGUUUGAGAUGCCUGCAAAUCCUCAAGGUGCCAUGGAGCGAACGUCCCUGCGGACUCAGGAGGACCUAGGCGAGCAACAGUUUAUCCAUCAAUCCGGGCCCCAUCCGCAGACACGAGUGGUUCAAAUGUCACCGCUCCCCCAAGAGGGCUACCUGCAGGAGAUAUCUCUCCCUCCGGCUGGACCGGUCGGACCUGAUGGUUUCCAGUUUCGUUUCAAACCUACCAAUGUCCUUCCGCAGACACGAGUCGGAGGGCCAGUGGUUCGAACGUCAUCUAUCCCCCCACUGGGCCACCUGCAGGAAAUGGCUUCACCUUCGGCUGGACCGGUCAGACCUGAAGGUUUCACACCUAUCAAUGAAGUUUGCACACAGAAAUCUGCGCUGCAGCUUCUGAUCGGCAAAAGUAUCGGAAAAGGGACUGGGAAAGGCGUAGGGACUGGAAAAGGGAAGCGUCGACCACGAGGAGCUCUCCCGCUGCAAGAUCCGCCAACCGCUGGAUCGGCAUCGGGGGCAGCUCGUCCUCCAUCACCGCCUCCUAUACCCGGGCGCAUACUAACAAUGGUCGAGUACGUAACGACGGAAGCUGAUAAGAAAGCGGCGCAAAAAGCUCCCAAGAAAGCAAUACACCACCACUCAUCGAACUUCUUCCUCUGGCAAAUGUCGUCCGGCGAGCCCUCGCACGGAAUGGCCGCGCUUCCGGAAUUUGUUGUCAAGAGGGCGCCUCCCAGGCGAGGGACGAAGCCUUCGCUGCAUGAGACAUAUCAACCACCAUCGCAUGUGGUACCCGACGACCCUGCUCCAAAGAAGAGACUGGCUGAGAAGAGUAUCAAUGGGUCACUGGCUACUCAGGAAUCAGUAGUGGAGGUCGACUCGCUUGUCACUGCUGGACCGACAUUUUUGAAUGAGUUGUUAGCCGAAUUGGCACCCCAUUGUCGACUAACGCCAGAAACCGAGCAGUUCAUGCUUCGAUUGGCGGACAGUUUCUUGGGAGAUCUUACGAAACGUGCUGCCGCUGCAGCGAAACAUCGUGGACAAUCCUCAAUUGGAGUCCAGGAUCUAGAAUGCGAAAUAGCACAGAGCUGCAAUAUUCGGGUCGCUGGAGUUCUCGAUGAACCACCAACUGGAACUGAUACUGAGGAUCAUGAUGACAGCGAAAGGUCAAUAAUCUGUUAAGAUGACAUAACGACAUAGCGGCAAGCUGGUUCAAAGGAGGUUGCUGGCAGGCGUGGCGCCCUAUUAGCCGCUGAGAAACCACUGUAUGACAGGAGGGGCGGAAACGGCGUAAUUAUGGGCGUAUAAUGGGGUUGAGGAAAAGGGUAUGGGAG